AUGCUGUACCCAUCCGCCCUCCUCCGCUGGUUCCAGCGCAAGCGAUAUCAAUAUGAAGUCACCUUCUCGCUGUACAUGUUGACGUCGACUGAGAAGUUCAUCUUCAACUCCGUGCUCUUCCUUCUCCUCUCCCUCCUCAUAAUUGCCGCAUCGCUGUACCUCCCCGAGCACCUUACCAUCAUCGCGAACCGCAUGUUCUACUACCUCUCUGGAAACCACGAUUCACUUUCGAGUAACUCAGUACCCAAAACAGGGGGGCUCGACACUGGGGUCACGCCGAAUGGACCGUUAGGCGCUGGUGCUAUGAACAACGGUCGGGGGAUGAUGGAGUUAUAG